AUUUGAUUAAUGCAGAGUCAAUUUGUUCUUUGGUGUAAUCCUAUGAUGCGGUCUAAGUUGGUUUCCUAUUUUAUAUAUAAGUGUUGCAUACCAUGUGUUUGAUUGUUUGCUUAUUCAGCGAUCUCAUAGUCUUUCUCUUCACUAUUUAAAGAUAAAAAACUACGGUUCCCCUGCGAAUUUGAACUGAAUUUUAUGUGGGUUAUUGACUAUAGUGUUCGGAGGUAAUAAAUUACUUACUUAAGAUCAUUGGCAUUGUAAGUGGAGAAGAGGUAAGAUUCAAAUUUAUAAUCAGCUAAUAUCUGAUGGGAUUUUGUUAACUUUUCUUACACACUGGGCAAUAUAUUCUGACCAUCUAUGACGGGUAAAACUGUUUUGUGCUCACCUACAGGGUCACGCACCUUUUGAGCUGCCUUCUGUAUCGAAAUGAAUGUUUCUUUCAAACCGCAUAGAGAAAUGUUUCACCGAGUUACCCAGAGUUGAAAUUGUUUCUUUCUGCUGAAAAUACCAAAAUUGAUACUCACUCUGUUUCACCACUAUAUCCCUGCAAUAUGAUCCUAAACCCGAUAUGUCACAGUUAUUCUUGUUCAAACUUCCUCUUACCUUCUGCGGUGAAGCAAAAUUACAUUAUAAAACAUUUGACUUGCUUAUCCAUUUCAAGGAGAUCUGAUUUGGAACCUGAUUCUAUUCCUAGUCCCAAACGUAAUACCAUAUCUAAAGAAAGAAUUCGGCAGCAAAACAUCAAACUUACCCAGAAAAAAGAUGAGAAUCCUGAUAGGGUGUUUCCUGCAACAAUACCUAGAAAGCCAAGGCGUGGUCGUAGGAGUGAAAAGGCUGCAGUUGAAGACUUUGUGCGUGAUAGACUUCAACAAACAUUUGCUUCAAUCCGACAACAGAAUGGAGAGAUUUUGAAGGAUAAGGAGGAUAUCAUGAAGGACAUGGUUGAUGAUGAGAUCGAUUCUGACGACGGUAGUAAUGAUGAAGAUGACAAGGAUGGUUAUAUAAGAGGAAAGGAGAUGGUGAUUGAGGAGGAUGAUCCAGAUUGGCCCUUGGAUGCUGAUGUCGGAUGGGGAAUUAGGGCAUCAGAGUAUUUUGAGAAGCACCCAAUCAAAAAUAUUGUUGGCGAGGAUGGUGUUGAGAUUGACUGGGAGGGAGAAAUUGAUGAUACCUUGGUGAAGGAGAUCAAUUGCUUGGAAUGGGAGAGCUUUGCUUUCCAUCCUAGCCCACUAAUUGUUCUCGUUUUUGAAAGAUAUAACAGGGCGACUCAUAAUUGGAAGGUUUUGAAGGAGCUUGAGAAGGCAACCAAGGUGUACUGGAGUGCCAAAGAUCGAUUGCCUCCUCGGACUGUCAAGAUUGACAUCAACAUUGAGAGAGAUUUAGCAUAUGCUCUUAAAGUUAGAGAAAGCCCACAAAUUUUGUUUCUACGAGGAAACCGCAUCCUAUACAGGGAAAAAAAUAUCCGAACAUCAGAUGAGCUGGUCCAAAUGAUUGCUCAUUUUUACUAUAAUGCAAAAAAACCGUCAUGGAUCAGUGAUGUGGCUUUAUCUUGACAAUUUCAUCUGGGACUGGUGCUCUUCCAUGAAGGUGGGAAGGAUAUAUAUCAUUACAGUGAUUGAGUUGUACAAGCCCCUUGAAGAAGUUGAUCACAGUCAUGGAUCCGGCGCUGUCCUAUACUUCUAUUGAACCCCUUGGUUUGAAUAAACCCAGUGCAGUCUGAAUGUUUGAGGGGACUUGGAGUUGGCUCUUAUAUGAUGCUGUUGUUUAUGUGCUUUUUUGAUGUGAGCGACACAAAAGGCAGGUUGCAACAAUUUAUGCCACAUUCUUGAGAUCUUUGCUGAUGGUUUAUUUUUUUUAGUUCAACGGUUAGAGGUGUCCAGACCACCGUACGUGCACCUCGACUAAUUCUCUCUUCGGUUCGAUCAAAUGUAGUCCAUCCACGUUAGAAUUAACAAAUUCAUGAUUUAUAAAUCCCUCAAAGUCUAGCCCAAAAACUUGUCAAAGUUUGAAUUA